CUAUAGAGGGCAAUACUGUAGACUAAUGAAAGUACACAUGAUUUCAAAGAAUUCAAACUACUCGAAGUGACAAAGUGUUUUGUAUUAUAGAUUUAUAAGAAAGAUUAAUUAUUUAUACAUUAUAUGUAAGUUUAAUAUUUUAAAAUGUCUUCGUUUACAUUUGGAACGCCUACUAUAACAUCGAGCAGUUCAGGUUUUGGAUUAGGAACUCAGAGCACGUCCUUUACUUCAACGACUCCAGCAACUGGGUUAACAUUUGGAGCAUCAACUCCAGCUACUACUACUGGCCUAAACUUUGGUUUUGGGGCAACACCAGCAACUUCUGCACCUAGUCAACCAGCUACCACUUUGUUAGGAACUGGAACAGCCACAACAACGGCAGCAUCUAAUCUAUUUUCAACUCCAACCACUUCUGCCCCUUUAUUUACAGGGCGUAAUUUUGGAACACCUGCUCAAAAUACAACAUUAAAGGGACCUUUAAAUACUACACCUGCAACGGGAGGUUUAAUGUUUGGGAAUCCUACCAGUACACCAUCCUUAUUUGGUUCUAUUAGUAGUGGUGGUUUAGCUGGUACAAAAUUAACAACCACUACGACUACAACCUCGACCACAAGUAGAGGAUUAGGUGGAUUAGAUGUUUCUGUUAAUAAUAAAGGUCUUUCCCAAGGAAGCAAUAGUCCAACAGCUGCAAAGGAAAAUUUAUUACCAAAUGAACUGAUGCAAACCAUAGAUAAAUUCAAAGAAUUUGUAAAAACUCAGAAGGUUUUAUCUUCUGAUAUAGCAAGGGGUUCUGCAAGACCAUUAAACCGUUGUGCAGAGGAUACUGCAUCAUUAAUGGAAAUUUUAACUACAUUAGCAGGAUCCGUUCAACGAGAUCGUGCUUUUGCCGAUAAGUUAAAACAAGAUACGGCAAAGGCAUUACAAAAUGCGGAAAUAGCUCAGAGAACAAACGACACACCACCUGGCUUGCAAUAUGAAAAUAAUGCUCCUCUUUUAUUUUUCAUGGAAUUAACUGAAAAUUUUGAACAUGACUUAAUGUUAUUUAGAUCUCAAAUUGAAACAACAGAAAAACAUAUUCAAACUAUGAUGACACCAAAGACCUUAACUCCGCAAGAAUUAACUAUGGCUAUGAGUAAACUUCAUGAGUCUUUAGUUGCUGUUGCUGGAAAAUUACAAGGUGUACAUUCAAAAGUACAACAACAAAAGGAACAAUAUUUAAAUUUUAGAAAAUACGUGUUAAAAGAUAAUACAAAUGUUUUUGAUGAUGUUAAAACAAAUGAAAAGUCAUUGCGAAAUACUAUAGGAAGAAUUACUAGUGGGCCAACACCUUUUAGUCCAGGCAAUAGAAGUUUCCUAUCUUCAACAGCAUUGAAUUCUACUCAAGCAACCAGUUAUGACGCGCGAAAUCCUCUAGUUUGGGGUAGUACAACACCAGUCCCUUCUGCUAUAAAUACAACCAUAGAUUCGUCUGUCAAACCACCAACAGCAAGCUUGAACUUCAACGCGCCGACAAAUCUUACUGCACCUUUGUCAACAAUUGAAUCAAAUUCGAGUUUCCAACUACAGAAACCACCGAUCGGAAAUAAAAGAGGGAAACAUUAAUUUUA